CCGUCUGGACUUGUGAUGCUGCGUCGUCGUCGAAACUUUGCCUCAUGGUCGCGGUUCUAGUUUUAGGGCAAACGGAGCUCGUCCUCAUUGGCACCUGGAAGGUUGCAGGAGAGUUGCGAGUUUUGAUUCAUGUGAUCGGAUUCUACAACUCGGAACAGCGUGGGAUUAGUACGAAUUUUUUCUAAGGAAAGCACCGAGGGCUGAUUCUAAACAGAGAAAAAGGUUCGGAGAAAAAGGUUGCCUCGAGAACGAGAGGUUGCGUAUUACCUUGUGCAGAAGGCUUUCUUUGUUCCUUUUGGCUUGAUAAAUUUGGCAUCAUUCUUAAGGUAGUCGGUUGACCGCCCUAUGCCUUGCGGUGAGGUUGAGCUGAAGUUCUGGGUUAUUUGUUCUGUUGUGGGAAAGCGCUAUGGGGGAUUUCUGAAAGCGCUAUGGCGGACGCUAAAGACAUAUUAGGGUUGCCGAAACUUGGCGAGAGGGGGAGCACUGAGAAACGAAAAACGCCUAAGGAUGCAGUCAAGAAGCCAGAUGGUAUUCACAGGGAGGUAUAUGCUCUCACAGGCGGUUUGCCGCCUAUUAUGUCAACGUUGGACCCAGUGUCCAUAAAGAAGCGCGCGGCACCUACAAAAAAGAUAUCUUGGCAGUGGCUCCCCUUCUCGACAUCAGCUCGCACGGACAAUCUGCAACUAUAUCAUUGGGUCCGAAUUGUUGAUGGUUCACAGCCCUCUGGGGAUUAUGCAUUUGCCAAAUAUAACAAGGGUGUGGAUGGUGUGCGCUACACAGACGAGGAGUAUAAUCAGUUGCUUGUUGAUCCGCAGAAUUGGAGCAGGGAAGAGACAGAUCGACUCUUUGAUAUGUGUGAGCAGUUCGAUUUAAGGUUUAUAGUCAUAGCAGACCGCUUUACUCCUCCACGUACAGUAGAGGAGCUAAAGCAUCGAUACUACUCUGCUGCCAAAACUAUAAUUCAGGCUAGGGCAGGUCCAAACGACGAUCUAAGCGACCAUGCCCUUUUUAAGGAUUCUUAUAAUGUUAAUCAUGAAGUCGAUCGGAAGAAAGCAUUGAAUAUUAUCCUGUCCCAGUCACGGCAGCAAGAUCGUGAAGACGCGGAGGUUAUUGCAGAAGCAAGGCGUAUUACAGAGGCUCGUCUGAAAGCAAAGGGGUUAGAAGACACUCAAGUAUUGAUAAGAGAUUCACUUCACGUCGACACAACACCAGCAAGGGUUCCUUCUCCUUCUCCGGCAGCAGCUGGGGAUAUUUCGUUUUUGUCUGUUCCUGUUACUGUUGCAUCCACGACCUCUGUACCAGUAACUCCUGUGCCUAAACCCGUGUCCGCUUCUCCAACUCCUGUCCCAGUACCAUCGCCUGUACCUGCACCCGCCCCUGCUGCCCCUACUCCAGUUGGACCUCGACCACCACGAGUGUACUUGAGAGGAGCAUGGUUGGCUCAACAAAUCCAUUCCGUAGUUUCACCAGCCGGAGUGAGGAUUGCAAAGCGCGUCGACCAGAUGCUUGAGGAGUACAAUGUCCGGUCCAAACCCAAGGUUCCAACAGCCGCAGUAUGUGCUGAGCAUUUGGAGCUUCGAAGGGAACUUCUCAAUCUACUACAACUGCAGAAACAGGUGCAACACAAGGAAAACGAGCUCGCUGUGUUGCGGGAGAAUCCUUAUGCUGAAAUCCCUCCUACUCCCAAUACACCGAAGAGAUCCCAUCGUGGACUUGAAAAUGAACGUGUUUCAACACGUGCAACCGCCGCUGGUGCAGAAUUUGAGGGCUUUCCUAGCAGUGGUGAACGCGUGGGGAAGCGUGAACACAAGCGAAAAGCUCCAGCCAGGUUUCAGGAGACACCAACAUCGCCGCCCUACCAUAAACGAGCACGUAAAUUAAAAGGUUCAGAGAGCUGAUGCCAAGGCGAUAAAAAGAACCGUGCUGGAUGUAGAUUUUUCUUCAUUUGACCAUUGUAUAAAAGUUAGUCAUCAUUCUCUUCGACGGAGCGGGGGAGAAAUUUUAUCCUCUCCAUGCUUCUCCUGUACUCUUGAUGGGUUGUCCCUCUAGGAAGUAAGAAUGUAACAGUUUUGGGCCUCCUUUUUUACCACGGAUCAUAUUCUUAAGUAGCCCUCGACCCUUUUGGUCAUUCAUGUAACCUUUUCACCUGUCACUAAACCACAAUGCUACUGUGGAUAUCAAUAUUUCAUCAGUCCAAUUUUUGUAAUAAAAUCCUAAAUGAAGUAA